GCAGGCAGUCCUUGUUGCGAUAUUUUGGGUAUUUUGGUCCCGACAACAUUUUUACGAUGGUGCUGGCACUUUGCACCAUUCUUGUACGCAUGAAACCAGCCUUUGGCUAGAGAUUUCUUGCCCAAGGCAUUCUUCACUGCGAUAUCCCUUGCUACUACACGCUCCUUUUGAGUCAUUUCCAGAUCACAGUGUUGACAAGAGGAUCUGGACCGCACAUUACCCAACUCAAAAGAACGUUGGCCCUGAACGUGGUCUAAAAUGUCUGCCAGAUGGCGAAUCCCAAGGUCCAUGAUCUUCAGCCGAUGUCCAUCCUGCCAAGCGCGUAGAUCACUCGUCCGUCAUGUCGUCUCACUGCCGAUCGCACCUCGCAAUGUACAUAGGUUAUAUGCCAGCAUUCCCGCGGACCAGAACGAAGAGCAUGGCCCACGAAAAAAUCACAUCGGCAUCCAAAUGCUGUCUCCUGCUAUUCAUCGGAAGGUUUUCCCGAAUACUGGGGUUGAGCCCACUGCACAACAAAUCGAGUUAGCCACGAGCCACCUGAAAGAAUGGGAUUUGAUUGGCAAGUCCCAGGAACCCCUUCCCGAUGUUGAUAUCGAACUUCCUGACCUCACCACUGGUUCCAUUCGUGAACAUUUUCGAGUACUCGGAGAGGAACAGUCGCUGCCCUAUUUGCAGAAGGCUCAUGCAAUGGCAACCGCUCAGUUACCGCGUAUGCCCUCAGAAUGGGCAUAUGGCCGCGAGAACUGGAUCCGGUACGACUGGAAAAAUGAUAAAGCAAUUCCCACUUCAGUAGCAUAUCCUCCAGAAGACGCUUUGGUCUUCGACGUGGAGGUCGUGUAUAAUAUCAGUCCAUACCCUGUAAUUGCUGUUGCGGUGUCCAAAACGCAUUGGUACUCCUGGGUAGCACCAGGACUUUUUUCGAACGAAACCCAGACCCCUUUUAUACCCAAUCAGCUAAUACCUUUAGGUCGUCCGGACGAUGACCGCGUGUUUAUCGGUCAUCAUGUUUCCUACGAUCGAGCUCGAAUUCGCGAAGAAUACCGAUUGCGUCCAACGCGGUAUGCCUUCCUUGAUACAAUGAGUUUGCAUUGUGCUGUAGGAGGAUUGUCGUCGCAGCAGAGGCCUGCCUGGCGCAAGUAUAAGAAAGAGGAACGGCGGAUACAGGAAGCCGAGCAACGAUGGUGGGAUGAGCAUGAUGCACUCAUGGCGUCCACUGACAGCCGUUCCCUCGAUGCACAACAAAAUAAUCCAAAACGUUCCACAUCAUCCGCAUCAAAGGAUGUCCCCCCACGAUACCAGCCGGAUGAACAUCGAUCAUGGUAUCAGGUUAGCUCGAUGAACAGUCUAAAAGACGUCGCUGAGCUGUACCUGCAGAAGGAAAUCGACAAAUCAAUGCGUUCAGAAUUUGACGGUACCGAUAUCGCGGCAGUCCGUAGUCAUUUUCAGGAGCUCCUCACUUACUGUGCUAAAGAUGUCGCCAUCACCCACGAACUAUUUGGGAAGCUCUUCUCAAGGUUUCGACAGAAAUGUCCACAUCCCGCCUCGUUUGCAGGGAUGCUCCACAUGGGAAAGGGGUAUCUGCCUGUAUCGAACGACUGGAAUAAAUACGUGAGUAACUCCCAGACGAAAUUUGACGAGUACCAGGAAGAUAUUUGUUCUCGAUUGGCGUUGCUGGCCGAGGAUGCGGUUGACAACUUUGGGGAUGGAAGGUGGAAAAAUGAUCCAUGGCUGAGAAACCUGGACUGGGAGAAACCUGCACCUCGAAUGACCAAGCAAGUAGUUAGAAAGAAUGGGCAGAUCACACCCCCUCGUCUCCACAAAAACCAGUCUAAUACACCUAUCGGGAAGCCCAAAUGGUAUUUGGAAUUGUGGGAUAAAACGGAGGGCAAGCUUCGUAUUACUCUAAGUAAGCGGGUCACUCCGUAUUUGUUGAGAUUACAAUGGAAGCAGCAUCCGGUUUAUUACACGAAGGGGUUUGGUUGGACCUAUUAUAUGCCGAAGCCUGAAUCGCCUGAAUUGCUCAUCGCUCCAGGUUUGAAGUUCAGCCAAGACCCCUCAGAGAAGACCUACGACUCUCGCGCGUCCAACGAUAUUGAGAAUGCUUAUUAUCGUAUUCCCCAUCCCGAUGGAGAAGGCAAGAACUGCGGGUCACCUCUUUCCAAGUCGUUUAUAUCUGCCUUUGAAGAUGGUACGUUGACGUCUCAAUACAAAGCUGCCAAGCACAUUUUGGAACGGAAUGCGCAAUGUACGUAUUGGGCGAGCGCCAAGCAGAGAGUGGGACAUCAGUUUAUCGUUUGGGACAACGAGAUCGGAAAUGAUGUCGAGGUGACAGCGGGGAAAGAAUAUGGGGUCAUUCUACCGCAGUCUGUAGCGAUGGGAACCGUAACAAGACGGGCUGUGGAGUCGACUUGGAUGACCGCUGCAAAUGCAAAGAAGAAUCGUAUCGGGUCUGAGCUGAAGUCUCAGGUGCAGGCACCUGUAGGUUACAAAAUUCUGGGGGCGGACGUGGAUAGCGAAGAGUUGUGGAUCGCUUCGUUGUUUGGGGACGCACAAUUUCGGAUUCACGGAGCGUCAGCCAUAAGCUUCAUGACUUUGCAAGGUACAAAGAAAGCUGGUACGGAUUUGCAUACGGUCACUGGUAGAAUCCUUGGGAUAUCACGCGAUCAAGCGAAAAUCUUCAACUAUAGCCGAAUUUAUGGAGCUGGUAUGAAGUAUGCUGUCCAACUACUAUUAAAGCACUCGCCGGGGAUUGCAAGAGACGACGCCAUGGCGAAGGUUAGCGAACUGUACAGGAAGACCAAAGGACAAAGGCAUACAUGUCCACAUCCGUGGAAGGAAAAGCAGCAGCUAACAUUCUGGUACGGUGGAAGCGAAAGUUACAUGUUUAAUAAGCUGGAAGGUGUUGCGUUGGAUGUGACGCCUCAAACACCCGUGCUGCGAUGUGAAAUUCCAGAUUCAUUGAAACCGGAACAUGUCGGACGAGAGUUUAUGACUAGUAGGGUUAACUGGGUAGUGCAAUCAUCGGGAGUUGACUAUCUCCACCUUCUCCUCGUUGCCAUGGACUACUUAAUGAGACGAAUGAAGAUCGACGGUCGCUUUAUGUUGUCCAUUCACGACGAAGUUCGGUUUCUUGUUAAGGAAGAACAUCAGAUUCUAGCAGCACUGGCCUUGCAGAUUGCUAAUCUCUGGGUCAGAGCGAUGUUUGCUGAGAGCGUUGGGAUUAGUGAUUUACCAGCUAACGUUGCUUUCUUCUCGUCAAUCGAUAUUGAUCAUUGUCUGCGGAAAGAAGUGGAUAUGGAGUGCUUGACACCUUCCAACCAGACACCAGUCAAACUUGGCCGGUCUUUGGACAUCUACGGCAUUGCACAUGAAAUCAAGAAAUGGAAAGAGGAAUCCGGACGGACUAGUCUAUACGGCUCGGAACUGAAUUCGAUAUCAGAAAUUUCCCAAAUGAUGAAUGCAGAUGCACGACCAACCGAUAACGGGCAGUUCGGGGCGAACAAACUCCCUGGCCUACGAUUAGAUGAAUCACAAAGUCCUGCACGUCAACUCAGACUGCGGCAACUUUUGGAGCAUAUAGAUAUGACUUGGCUCAAGGCGCAGAUGGCACAAACCAAGGAAGAAGCGGCAAAAUACAUGGCGGCAUAUUCGAAUGCUGUCACAGAAAUACGUAUCGUUUCAUACGAAAAUCGAAGGGCGCAACAUUCGCAAAGGACUUCUCAGAACCAACCUUCUCGUUCAAAGCGGCCUCUCUUCCAGGAGGUGGCUAAAGAUGGCGGUACUUUGAAGCUUGUAGGGAGCCGAAAUCCGAGACAUCGCAUAUGAGAUACCAAGAAAGUCGUGAAGAACGUCAUCUUCGUGGACUUUGGCAUACAGAAUUUGGAGCGAUACAUGGGCUAGGAGAGGAUCAACGGCGACAGAAAGAUUUGGGCCGUGGCAUGCAAAGGAAUCACAGUGGUUUUGUCUGGUUCUAGCGGAUAGUAUGGACGGUUCACAGAGUAGGAUAUCCAUGCAAGAACGCAAAGUGUACAUAAUCUGUGGCUAAACGCCAUAAUAAGAGUUGUACAUAAUCUGUGGCUAAACGC